CCGUCACUGUCGGUAAAAACACGAAUCUUCCUUGCUCCCCCCUUUCGGUGUACCGUCUGCUUCCUCUCCGUUCUUUUUCUGUCCACCUCCUCAGUUUCUCUUCUGUAAUCCCUACAAAGGGAAGAGAAAGGAGUCGCAUGUGAGCCGAUCCCUCGUCUGUCCAAAUGGCCUUUCUCCGAUCCUACUCGAAUGCAUCCUCUGGAAUGGGUGUUGCUGAGGAUUGCAGAGACACCUUCGUAGAGCUUCAAAGGAAGAAGACCCAUCGAUAUGUGAUAUUCAAAAUUGAUGAGAAACGAAAGCAGGUUAUUGUGGAGAAGACUGGAGAUGCAACUGAAAGCUAUGAUGAUUUCAUGGCAUCUCUGCCUGAGAAUGAUUGUCGUUAUGCUGUCUAUGAUUUUGACUUUGUCACUGAAGAGAAUUGUCAAAAAAGCAAGAUCUUUUUCAUUGCCUGGUCCCCUUCUGUGUCCCGAAUCCGAGCUAAAAUGUUGUAUGCAACUUCUAAAGAUCGGUUCAGGAGGGAGAUGGAUGGAGUUCACUAUGAGAUUCAGGCUACUGAUCCUUCGGAGCUGGACCUUGAAAUUCUCAGAGAUCGAGCACAUUAAUACCAGAGACUUUCUAUGUCAUGAAACUUCUGCAGACAUAUGAAUUAGCUAUUUAUGCCUUCUGGAUAAUCGGGUUGGAGAUCUUCAGACUCUAAUGCUCGACGUGAUUGGGUUAUGCUGCUUGAAUAUAUUUAUCAAGUGUUGUUCGAAAAUGUUGUUAAAUGGUUGAAUCACUGUUGUUGGUUGGUGUUGCUGUUUAUAUUCUUGAUUCUGUGUCA